AUGGAUUCGCCAGCGAUCAACCAGAUCUUUCGGCAGCUGUUCGCACCCGCUCGAGGCUGCUUGAGACGCCAUGCGCAGGCCGCUCAGAACGGCUUUCAGCAGAAUCUUAGUCAUACGCGACGAGAGUAUGCGACGCGGAGGAGAACCGACUAUAUGGGAGAUGGUCAAAGUAAUUGGCAACAACGAUUAGACCAUUUCCCUCGUGAUGUCUCAAAGCAGAUACGAGAGUAUCCUCGCCUGACAGCCAAAGAGCUCGCACGCCGCAGUCAAAGACCGACGAGAGUCAAGAUGUUCACCCGAGACUUCAUCGACGACAGCCUAUACAAUCCUAAUUAUGGAUAUUUUCCUAGAAAUGCCACCAUCUUCAAUCUAGCAGAACCAUUUGAUUUCAACAGCAUAGAAGAUGGAGCCAAGUUUCAGAAGUUGGUGGACCAAAGCUAUAUCGAGUUCGAGGACGAUCUUGACGCGAUACAACAAGAUGAUCUACGGCAGUUGUGGCACACCCCAACCGAGCUAUUCAGACCAUACUACGGAGAAGCUAUAGCAAGAUGGCUGGUCGCCAACUACAAGGCUAGUCUAUAUCCAUACCAUGAUCUGGUCAUCUAUGAGAUAGGUGCUGGAAACGGGACUUUGAUGUGUAAUAUUCUGGAUCACAUCCGAGAAACAGAUAUGGACGUCUAUCAUCGUACAAAGUUUCGCAUCAUUGAGAUAAGUCAAUCUUUAGCAGAGAUGCAGAACACAAGUCUUCGACAUUCGCGCUACUUUACCGAUCAUCUCGAGCAUAUUCAGAUCAUUAACAAGUCAAUCUUUGAUUGGGACACGCACGUACCGGAACCUUCCUUUUUCCUGGCUCUGGAAGUCAUUGACAAUUUUGCGCAUGACACUCUUCGCUACGACCCAUACACAGAACAACCACUCCAAGGCAGUGUUUUGAUCGAUGAGGAAGGUCGCUUUUACGAAUAUUACGAGCCCAAUCUCGAUGACCUUGUCUCACGCUUUCUUCGUCUUCGUCGGGCCGCCUCCCGUCACCAGCCACCACACUUCACAAAGCUAGCAACUCCAAUACCUGGUCUGAAUGCGCCUAUCGCACAGACGAGAUACAAACGGGAAAACGUCAUGGUCACAACACCAUACAUACACCAAGGAUAUUUCGACAUCUUCUUCCCUACUGAUUUUGAGCUCAUGGAGGAUAUCUACCGAGCUGUGACAGGUAAAUUGACGCGAGUAUGUAGUCAUGCCGACUUUCUAGGCAGUUGGGCCGAUAUCGAAAGCACAAGACUGAAAAGUGGUGAAAACGUCCUCCUUGGUGGGGAUAUGGGAGGCUGGUAUGCAAAUGUUGGGGUUAUGAUAACUGCUUGA